UGGGUGCGCAGGCGCCGUGAGAGGCGGUGAAGCCGGUGGCCGGUGGCCGGGCGGGACCAACAAAGAUGGCGGCGGCCCCUGCGGCGGGAGAGAUCUGGGCAACAGCUGCAGCUAAAGCUGCAGCCCGGCCCUCCGGGGGGCUGCACGGGGGUAGUAGGGGGUGGCCCUGAGCUGGGGCUUGGCCCCGGCUGGCCUCCCCCGUCGCCUCACCGGGGGACAGGUCCAGCCUGUGGUGUCCACAAUGCCCCAGGCCUCUGAGCACCGCCUGGGCCGGACCCGAGAGCCACCUGUUAAUGUCCAGCCCCGAGUGGGAUCCAAGCUACCAUUUGCCCCACGGGCCCGAAGCAAGGAGCGCCGAAACCCGGCCCCUGGGCCGAACCCCAUGUUAAGACCUCUGCCUCCCCGGCCGGGGCCCCCUGAGGAACGGCUCAAGAAACUGGAGCUGGGACGGGGUCGGACCUCAGGCCCUCGUGCCAGAGGACCCCUUCGGGCAGAUCAUGGAGUUCCCCUGCCUGGCUCACCACCCCCGACCACCGUGGCUCUGCCUCUCCCUUCCAGGACCAACCUAGCCCGUUCCAAGUCUGUGAGCAGUGGGGACUUGCGGCCUAUGGGGAUUGCCCUGGGAGGGCACCGUGGCGCUGGGGAGCUCGGGGCUGCGCUGAGCCGCCUGGCGCUCCGGCCUGAGCCACCGGCUUUGAGACGCAGUGCUUCUCUCCGCCGCCUCGGGGGCUUUCCCGGUCCCCCAACCUUGCUCAGUAUACGGACGGAGCCCCCUACUUCCCAUGGCUCCUUUCACGUCAUAUCGGCCCGGCCCUCUGAGUCUUUCUCCUCCGAUGACAAAAUGGUGAGGACUUGUCCGGCACCCGUGGCCUUCCGUGCCCGUGCUCCUCUGUGCCUCCAGCUUUCUUGCCAUCAGGCUCAUCACACACUGCUCCUGGGCUCUGGUCACGUUGGCCUGCGAAACCUGGGGAACACGUGCUUCCUGAAUGCAGUGCUACAGUGUUUGAGCAGCACUCGGCCUCUUCGGGACUUCUGUCUGCGGAGGGACUUCCGGCAAGAGGUGCCUGGAGGGGGUCGAGCGCAAGAGCUCACUGAAGCCUUUGCGGAUGUGAUCGGUGCCCUGUGGCAUCCUGACUCCUGUGAAGCUGUGAAUCCCACCCGAUUCCGAGCUGUCUUCCAGAAAUACGUUCCCUCCUUCUCUGGAUACAGCCAGCAGGAUGCCCAAGAGUUCCUGAAGCUCCUCAUGGAGCGGCUGCACCUCGAAAUCAACCGACGCGGCCGCCGGGCUGCACCAAUCUUGGCCAGUGGUGCAGCUGCCUCUCAGCCCCGCCGCGGGGGGGCUCUACUAGAAGAACCGGAGCUGAGUGAUGAUGACCGAGCCAACCUAAUGUGGAAGCGUUACCUGGAGCGAGAAGACAGCAAGAUUGUGGACCUGUUUGUGGGCCAGUUGAAAAGUUGUCUCAAGUGCCAGGCCUGUGGGUAUCGCUCCACGACCUUCGAGGUUUUUUGUGACCUGUCCCUGCCCAUCCCCAAGAAAGGAUUUGCCGGGGGCAAGGUAUCUCUGCGGGAUUGUUUCAACCUUUUCACCAAGGAAGAAGAGCUGGAGUCAGAGAAUGCUCCAGUGUGUGAUCGAUGUCGGCAGAAAACACGAAGUACCAAAAAGUUGACAGUACAAAGAUUCCCCCGAAUCCUCGUGCUCCAUCUUAAUCGAUUCUCUGCCUCCCGAGGCUCCAUCAAGAAAAGUUCAGUAGGUGUAGACUUCCCGCUGCAGCGACUGAGCCUAGGGGACUUUGCCAGUGACAAAGCCGGAAGCCCCAUCUAUCAGCUGUAUGCCCUUUGCAACCACUCGGGCAGCGUCCACUACGGCCACUACACGGCCCUGUGCCGGUGCCAGACUGGCUGGCACGUCUACAAUGAUUCUCGUGUCUCCCCUGUCAGUGAAAACCAGGUGGCGUCCAGUGAGGGCUACGUGCUGUUCUACCAACUGAUGCAGGAGCCACCCCGGUGCCUGUGACACCCCCUUUACGCCCUGGCACCUGUGACGCCCUUUCAACACCCUUAAGCCCCAGGCUCCCCAUUUACCUCAGAGACGUCUAUUUUUGUGUCUUUUUAAUCGGGGAGGGGGGAGGCGGUGGUUGUAGCUCCCAUUAUUUUUUUUAUUAAGAAGUACCCUUCCACCUGGAGGCUCCCUCGUCUCCCAGCCCCAUGUACAGAGCUGCCCAGGUCCCUGCCCGUGUACAGCCCCCAGACCCUCUACAACCUCACUUUUUGUGAAUAAAUUUAUUAAGAAAAA